GCUUUCUACAUGUUCCCCCACCUGAUCAAUCGACAUCUCGAAAACUAUAGCGAUAACUUGUUCCUUCAUUGUACUCUCGUCCCAUCCCAACUUGUUUUCUUCUUCUCCUUUCUACUUCUAUCAAGACCACACUACCCUCACACCCAACACCACAAUGUUCCACAAUCCCUCAGCCAAAACCUGGACACCCACCCUUCCACCCUCCAACACAUCCAUAUCCCUCUUCCACCGCACCCUCCCAUCCUACUCCAUCACCCCUCUCAUCCCCCUCCCCUCCCUCGCCAAAGAUCUCGACCUAGGCCACAUUCUCCUCAAAGACGAGUCCUCGCGUCUCGGCCUCCCCGCCUUCAAGAUCCUCGGCGCCUCAUGGGCAAUCCACAAAGCCGUAGCCGCAUCGUGCAAGCUCCCGCUAACGAGUACACUGGAAGAGCUGGGUGCUGCUGCGAGGAAAGAGGGCGCGAGGCUUGUUACAUGCACGGAGGGGAAUUGGGGGAGAGCGGUGGCGCGGAUGGCGCGGUAUUUGCAGAUCCCCGCGGUUGUUUUUGUGCCCGAGUUCAUGGACGAAGCGACGCGGCGGAGGAUCUCUAGUGAGGGUGCGAGCGUCGUGGUUGUGGAUGGGGACUAUGAUGUCUCGAUUCAGAAGGCGAGGGAGGAGGCGGAGGGUGGGGGUUUGCUGGUGAUGGAUGUAUCUUUCCCAGGAUACGAAAUAAUCCCCGAGUGGGUUGUAGAAGGCUACUCCACAAUGCUCUCCGAAACAGACCAGCAGCUGCACGAUCUCGGGAUCGAAAAUGUGACCCACGCUAUCGCCUCUGUUGGCGUGGGCUCCUGGGCACAGGCAGUCACUCUGCACUACAAGUCCAAGUCUCCGCCUACGAAGAUCGUUGCCGUUGAGCCAGAUACGGCAGCAAGUCUCAAGGCGAGCCUCGAAGCAGGGAGAAUCACGCCCAUUACUACCGGACAUACGAUCAUGAACGGGAUGAAUUGCGGGACGACGUCGACGACUGCGUGGGAGGUGCUGAGGCGGGGUGUGGAUGUUAGUGUCACGGUAUCUGAUAUGGAGGUGCAUCGCGAUUUGCAGUACUUGCACAGUCAGGGGAUCAAGAACGGGCCGUGUGGUGCAGCGCCAUUGAGUGCGUUGAGGAAGUUGUGUGCGGAGGCCAAGGAGAAAUUAGGACUGGACGAGCAAUCCGUGGUGGUAUUGUUUAGUACAGAGGGCGCGAGAGAGUAUAUUAUUCCUACAGAGACGUGAAAAC